AUGUGUUUCAGAAAAAAGCGAGCUCAGUUAUGGCUUGGACCUGCUGCUUAUAUCAAUCACGAUUGUUAUCCAAAUUGUAAAUUCGUUCCAAAUUGUCAUACGGCUGUUGUACAGGUUUUGCGUGAUAUUGCUAAGGGUGAAGAAAUCACAACAUACUAUGGCGAUAACUUCUUUGGUGAAAACAAUCGUCGGUGUGAGUGCCCCACCUGUGAGCAGAAUCACAAGGGCGCUUUUGCAAAUUUAGAUCACACUACCGCCAUUUCAAAAGAAGACGAGAGGCAAAUGGAUGGAGAUAAAUCGAGCAACAGCUACACACUGCGGGUAACCAAUUCAAGACGUUCUCGCAGUUCGGCAUGGUCAGAUGGUGUGCGUUCGUCAGUGGUACGGCGACGGCACUCAAAACGCAUCAAGCAGCGUGCUCUUACUUGCAUUAUACCUCAAAGGCCGGAGGCUGUUGAUACUGCUCACUGCUCAAGAAAACGGAGUAAUUAUGACAGUGGCCAAAGUUGUAAACGCCGUGAAAUUUUAUCAGACAUUUCUUCUGUACCGAUAACAUCCCUACCGAGCGCAUCUGUAUCAAAGACACGUAAAGUCAAGAAAACAUAUACAGUGUCUGAUACAGCUUUCAAUCGUCUCGAAUCCCAAAUGAAGCCAUCAAAUGAUGCCUUGGUCUCAACAGCGAAUGCAAGCAUUCAUAAAAUUUCAGCGCGUCAAGCGUCGAAAGAAAACAGAUCUGCGAGAACUCGCCAGCGUAGCAGUAGGAAUCAUCAUUCACCAGCAUUCAGUUCACAAAAAUAUGAAAAGCCACAAGAAUCUCAUGAAGGCUUGCAAAUUCUAGCUGACGUUGCAACGAAAAUGAGUUUGAUUGAUAGGCCGCAUGCACGAUCUUCUUUGUCGACAGAUUCCUGGAACUGCUCUUUUGAUAUUGGCGCUGAUAAUGAUGGUGGUGAGGGCAUUGAUGAGCAGUUCUAUAAUGGUGAUGGUGGCACUGAAUUCUCACGAGCCUCAGAUUCGUCGAGGAGGUGCAGUCUUUCUUCCAGAUACAGUGCUGCAGAAUUUGUUGAAUACCAGGUUCGUGAAAACAGCACUUCCAAAGAUGGGUCUGGUAUCAGUGCCGAAGUUACUGGUAAUGGUGGUGGUGAUGAUGACGAUGAUGAGGACGGUGAUCGGAGCAGCAACAUUUUUCUUUCUAGUAGUGCUGACGAUGAUUGCGAUGAAGCUUGCGGUAAUGAUGAUAGCGAUGAAAGUAGCGAUGAGAUCAGCAAACCGAAGGAUACUGAGGAUAAUUUUCCAGACAGUGCUCGAGUAUUUUCUGGCGUCGACCGAGCUUCCCAUCCACUGCUUAGGAAAUCUUCCACGUUUGACCAUGUACCGUUAUGUCGGUACUGCGGCUCGAUACCGAAGAUAUUCAAAAUCACCUGA